AUGCUCAAAUGCUCAAACAACCAGUCCAAUAAAAAUUAUCGAAGAGAAUCUAUAAUUAACGAUGACAAGAGUGAUAUGGGUGACCACCAAGAAGAUGGUAAAGCACCAGAACCAUCAAAAACACCCACAGUAACUCCAUCUCCAGCGGUAAAAAAAGAUAAUACAGCUGGUCCAGUGAUAGGAGGAAUAGUUAGAGUCAUUAUUUUGAUUAUAAUUUCAUUAUUUGUAUUUAAAAAGUAUAAACAAAAAAUAAAGAACGACGCUAUAUUAACUCCCGGAGAUUAUGAAAAUGUUAAGCCAAUGGCUGGAUCAGUUAAAGAUAAAGGAUUACCAACUGCUCCUGGUGAAAUCUUUAUUUCAAAUAAUAAUCAAACAAUUACAAAUAAUUCUACAAGAAAUCAUCAGAAUUACGUUGUUAUUUCCCCUCAACAAGAAGAAAAUAUAAUUAAACAACCUGGACAAGAACUUUCAAAAGAUGAAAUCGCUAAUCUUAUUAAACAAGAUGAUUCAUCGAAUGAAAAAGCUUUAUUAAAUCAGUUAAGAGAGGAAAUACAAGUAUUAAAACAACGUUUAAAUAAACAAAAUGAUAUGAAUAAUUCUAGCGAAACUAUCCUUAAUAUUGAAGAUGAAGUCAUAAAUAAGUUAAGAGAAGAAGCUUUGCAAGAGAUUAAGCAAGAAAUCAAACAGCGUUUAAGAAAUAAAGCUUUUACUUAA